AAGGUUAGCAGGCUUGAGGAGCACGAGAAGGAGGUGGUCAGUGCCCUGAAAUACUUCAAGACCAUCGUGGACAAAAUGGUGGUGGAGAAAAAAGUGCUGGAAAUGCUGCCGGGCUCAGCCAGCAAGGUCCUGGAAGCCAUCUUGCCUCUGGUCCAAAUAGAGGCCCGGAUACAGCAUAGCUCGGCGCUGUCUUCGUGCCACAGCCGCGUCUAUCAGAGCCUGGCCAACCUCAUCCGUUGGGCCGACCAGGUGAUGCUGGACGGCAUCGACCUGGACGACAAAGAAAGCGUCGUCGCCGUCACCAGCGUCAUCAAGGCUGUGCUGGACGGAGUGAAGGAACUGGUGAAGCUGACCAUCGAGAAACAAGAGCAGCCGUCGCCCACCUCCCCGAAUAAACCAGCCCCGCCCGUUACCGCCGCUGAGAGCAACGUGUCCUUGGAGGUGCCCUCGAUAGAUGGCGAGCAGGACGUCUCGAACAGGACGGCUCCGGCAUCCUCUCCUGCGAAGGCCGCCGCUGAACUACAAGACGAGGAUGUAGCCCCACCCAAACCUCCUCUUCCUGAAGCCAAAGUGGCAGAGCUCAGAGCGCAGUUGAGCGCUGACGCUGGCCAGAGGAGACCCUCUCAGAAGGAGAAUCCUCCACCAGCACUUCCACCCAAGAAACGUCAGUCAGCUCCUUCGCCGACGCCAGUGGCAGUAGUCGCACCGAUGAGCCGUGGCUCCAGUUUACCAUGCAGCGACCACAGACAGGAAUACGAGCACGAGUUCUUCCAGAGGCGCUUCUCUGGGGGGAGCCAUUCCUACGGCGGGGACUCGCCCCGUCUGUCUCCCUGCAGCAGCAUGGGGAAGCUCAGCAAGUCUGACGAACAGCUCUCCUCCAUGGAUCAGGACAGCGGCCAGUGUUCUCGUAACACCAGCUGCGAGACGCUGGACAACACGGAGACUUAUGACCCGGAUUACGACUUCCUCCACCAGGACUUGUCUGCUGGGGACAACCUGCCUGCAGCGCAGGCGGGGGGCUGCCUGAGCCCCCUGCCCGAGUCUCUCAGCGAAUCCUCGUCCCCCGUUCCCGGACAGCACCUCACGCCCCCCCCUCUGAGCGCGCCUCCGUCGCAGCAGCCAGAAUACUGGACUCCCCAGCCCAACCACGCUCACCCCUUCCAGUUGUGCCGCAGCAGCGCUCCCCCCGCCUUGCCCCUGAAAAAGCGCCGCAGCACGCAGGCGGCCUCCUUCCCCGACGGAGGCUCCAGGGUGCUGUACGAGCGCUACCCCUCCCAGUACGACAACCUGUCAGAGGAGGAGCUUCACCCGACGCCGCCGUUCCCCCUUUUCACCCCCAUCUCCCCCAUGCCCCAGACCAACGGGGGAGUUUUUGUCUCCCAGUACAUAGCCAGUGAGAACGCAGACGUCCCCGCCAGCCCUCCGCCGCUUCCUGAAAAGAAAAGCAAACACAUUCUCCAGUAUAUGCAGUUCAUGGAGGACUACUCGGAGCCGCAGCCCUCCGUCUUUUACCAGAUGCCGCAGAGCGAACGGAUCUACGAGCAGCAUAACAAGCUUUUCCAGGAGGUCUACGGCUUCAACGACUCCUUCAGCAGCACCGACUCGGUACACGAGCCGCUGCAGCCGCCAGCGCUGCCUCCGAAGCAAAGACAGCUGGCCUCCCACUCCUCUUCCCCUUCUUCCUCCUCCUCCUCCUCUCUCUCCUGCCACCUCCAGCCGUCUGUGGCGGCCAUGGAGGAGGCGGGCUCUGGGCUCGGCCUCAGCAUGUCCGUCUCUAACUCCUACCUGAUCGGCCAGGCGUCUUUGACCACGCCUACGAGCUUGGACCAGGUAGCCUUGACCAAUGCCACCGUUCUGGAUGGCAGCGGGGGCGGUCCCAACGGUUCCCUGGCCGGCUCAGUGGGCUCUGUGGCUGUCUGUCUCCCCUCUGAGUCUUCUCUCACUGACUCUCUCCACACCUCGGCGAGCGAAAGCGUGAAUGACGAGGGCGGGGAGGGGGAGUAUGUCAACCUAUACUCGUCCAGCCAGGCCAAUGGGGAGCUGCCUCUCUCCCUCCGAGAAACUAUUGCAGCCGAUGACGUGCUGCAAGACCCCGCUCCUCAGAUGCCAUCCAGCAAUAGUAAGGAGGCUCUAGACAAGGAAAGGAGGCAGAAGACGACAGAAGCGGCCGGCAGCGUCGUCGAGGAGGACGUAGACGAGCUCUCCCUCAUAGACCACAAGGAAAUCAUGAGCAGGAUAACGCUGAAACAAGAAAAUGACGACGGUCCUGACGUCCGCGCGGGGUCAGGAGACAUCCUGUUAGUCCACGCCACAGAAACAGACCGCAAAGAUCUUGUUUUGUACUGUGAAGCCUUCUUGACUACAUAUAGGACUUUUAUAACCCCUGAAGACCUCAUUAAGAAGCUACACUACAGAUACACCACAUUCUGCCACAGUCCGGACACCUUCAAGAAGCGAGUCAGCAAGAACACCUUCUUUGUCCUGGUCCGCGUCGUCGAUGAGCUGUGCCUGGUGGAGCUGACCGAGGACAUCCUGAAGCAGCUCAUGGACCUGGUGUUCACGCUGGUGUGCAGCGGCGAGCUCAGCCUCGCCCGUGUGCUCCGCAAGAACAUCCUGGACAAGGUGGAGCAGAAGAAGCUGCUGCGCUACACCAACUCCCUCAAGCCGCUGGCUGCUCGGGGGGUCUCUGCGAGGCCGGGGACUCUUCACGACUUCCGCAGUCACGAGAUCGCCGAUCAGCUAACCCUCCUUGAUGCUGAGCUCUUCUACAAGAUCGAGAUUCCCGAGGUGCUGCUUUGGGCGAAGGAGCAGAACGAGGAAAAGAGUCCCAACCUGACCCAGUUUACGGAGCACUUUAACAACAUGAGCUAUUGGGUGCGCUCUUUGAUAAUUCAGCAGGAGAAAGCUCAGGACAGAGAGAAGCUGCUUCUCAAGUUCAUUAAGAUAAUGAAGCACUUAAGAAAGUUAAAUAAUUUCAACUCGUACUUGGCAAUACUGUCCGCGCUGGACUCCGCCCCCAUCAGGAGACUGGAGUGGCAGAAACAGACCUCUGAUGGUUUGGAGGAGUAUUGCACGCUGAUCGACAGCUCCUCGUCCUUCAGAGCCUACAGAGCCGCCCUGGCUGAGGUGGAGCCCCCCUGCAUCCCGUACCUAGGCCUCAUCCUCCAGGACCUCACCUUUGUGCACCUGGGGAACCCCGACCUCAUUGACGGGAAGGUCAACUUCUCCAAACGCUGGCAGCAGUUCAAUAUUCUGGACAGCAUGAGGCGCUUUCAGCAAAGGCAUUACGACCUGAAGCGCAAUGAGGAGAUCAUCUCUUUCUUCAACGACUUCAGCGACCACCUCGCCGAGGAGGCCCUGUGGGAGCUGUCUCUGAAGAUCAAGCCCAGAAACAUCGUCCGGCGCAAGACGGACCGCGAGGAGAAGACCUAGGGGCCCGGCGAGGGCCUUUUUUUUUUUUUUUAGACGACGACCUUCAACUGUGCUUCAUGACACUAACUCCACUUUAUUACAUACUAAGAGAACGACGCAUGGAAGCGAGCCACUACAGCUAACGGGCGACUCGCUUGGGAGGAAACCCAGAACACUACAGACAACCGAAACGUCACUGAGGUUUACAAAGAGCUCCGCCGCUCUGGGAGAUUAGAAAUUGGGAUUUUUUUUUUUUACUGGGAGAAACGGGACUGCGGUGGAAGCAGAUGGACCGCCGGUGCCGCGGAAGCAACCAAAGUCCGCUCCCUGGACUCUUUAUUUUAGAGUGGAGCAGUUGCGCGCGUGUAGGAGAGAAUAAUUUGAAUGGUCCAUAAUUUCCCCCCCCUCCUCCAACUCUCUCCUUCCUCUCCGUUUAUGUUCGUGCCAUUUUGCUGGUCACCUUCUGCAACACUAACCCCGGACGGACAGGUCCUCCUCCGACAGCAGAAGCUCAGGCUGCACCCUGAGAAUCCGCUGCGACUGAACCCUAAAGGGAGGCUGGGCCCUACAGCCCGGAGCCGGGAGUUUGUUUUAAAACGUUUUUCGUGUAAGAAUCAUGUAUGGUUAUGACAUGUAUUAUAUACAGUGAUCCUUUUGUUCUUAAAAAGGACGUUUAUGCUUACGAGAAGAGCUUAGCUUCUCUUAAGUGCCGUAUGUAUGUGCACUAAAAAAAAAAAACAAAAAAAA